AUUUUCUACUUGUCAAAUGGUAAAGAAUACCCAGGUCUAGCAGAGUUCAAAGACAGGGUGCAGUUUAUCGGAGACAUAAAUAAGAGGGACGUCUCGAUACAGCUGAGUCCGGCUCAGUUCAGCGACAACGGCACCUUCUUCUGCGACGUGAAGAACCCACCUGACGUGAUGGGAACACCUGCUCGAAUGGAGCUCAGGGUCGUCCUGAAAGAAUCUCUUCCUGCCAGCAACACAGCCAUUAUAGUCGGAGCAGUUUGUGGUGCUUUAUUUCUGCUCGUCCUCGUCGCUGUAGCUGCUUGUAUCGUGAUGAGGGUGCUUCACAGCCGUCAUGAAUAUGAAGGAUGCACGUCCUUGGAAAGCGUGAGCUCUCAGGCUCCGCAGCAACGAAAGAAGGUGGAGUCCAGCCUGGAGGGCUCCAGGUGUACCAGUCCCUCGGGUCCACUACAGGGCCCGGUGAUAUACGCCCAGUUGGAUCACUCAGGCAGCAAAAACUCGUUCCAUAAGAUGGAGCCUGUGGUCUACGCUGACAUCCGUAAAAACUGAAGAGGGACCGGGGACCAAAAAGAAAAAUAUACAAAACCACAGUAAAGUAUCAGACCUCUCUAUCAGCUGCUCUUGGGAAGGGGUGGGCAUAUCUCAACAGGGACAGAAAAUCGGUGCAGUCUCCAUCUUAUUUUGAAAUUCUUUUGUCCUCUGAAAGCAUGUUACUGUUAUAUGAAAAAAAAAAGUGACGUCUCCAUGUGCUUUAUUGUUACGACUAAAAAAAAGAGCAAAGAAACACUCCAGUGGACUGUACAGUACUCCAUCACAUCAGCCUUGAAAUCUUUCUCUGACAAGCAAAUAAAAAAAAUGCCUUCAUAGAAAUCAUUCCACAUGUUAAAAUACUUCUUUAAACUUUUUUUAUUUUGUGCCUGAAAGAACUUCACACGGCUGUUGCACCGGCUCUAAAUGAUUCAACUAUUUUCUGCUUCAUGUUUAACUUUGUAGGACACUAAACUUUGUUUCAACACUACUUAAGACGUCUCUAAAUAGCGAUGGGAAACUAAACUGAGUAUAAGAAGUGGACGUAGUCUCUGGGUCUGACAAGUUGAAAUACAGCCAUCACAGAAAAAAAAGCCAAUAAAAGACGUGCCUUAAACCUGCGUUUUCUCAAUCAGGCAGCAGGGGGCGACUCCACUGGUUGCAAAAUAAGUCAUAUUAGAUGUCGACAAGAAAAUGACUUUGUCUUGUUUGAUUUUUUACUCGAAUCAUUUUCCUGAUAAGUCUAUUUUUUUAAUCACUACUUUCAAGUCGUCUGUCAUUUCGUCGGUUAUUCUCCCGUUUAGAGAAAAAUAAACGAUCCAGUUAAAUGUUCUUUAGGGUUUGGCUACCUUUUGAUGUACAAGUCACUGCUCCUGUGGUCUUAAAGUCACUCAGAGUUGUUGACUUUUGUGUUUGAUGCUUGUUUUUUGUGCAUCCUAAUCGAUGUCAAAGUUACUGAAGUAUGGAUAAUUGGUGCUAACAAAGCUAGAGCUAGCAUUAGCUUUAUGAAUGAGCGUCUGCUAACCCCUUAUCCAGAUUUAAUAACGUAUUGCUUCACAAACCAAAACGGACGACUUUAAAAAUAAUGAACUUAUCGUUAGUCCUCUAACCAACAGUGAUGUCACGAUGGCUACGUUCACUUCUUCUACUCAGUCUAUGGACCGAAUGAGAUAUUUUAUCGCCAGCAUGCAAACCAGCUAACAUUGAGUUUCAGCUUUGUGGAAGCACGCACACAGCGCUGCGCUCCCCUGCUGGUUCAGCUUAAACAGUCUCGCCUCUGUUACUACCACCAAAGACACUACAGAGGGGGGGAUUACUUUGCCCCCCCCCAUUACACAUAAACAUCACGGCUUGAAACAUCGGUCUGAAAAGUGCUUAUGGCUGAUUGACAGACGGGUCAAUAACCUGAAUGUCUGUGAUUCUUUCAUUUAAGUUUCUCUCUGAAUCCUGAGUUUCAAACAUUUAACAAAGCAGCGUCUGUUCUGUGUUUAAUUAACCUGAACAGAGUGAACGUUUAAGUUUAACUUAUCCUAACUCUUUGUUGUAAUAAAUUUCACAUCUUAAACGACAUUCCUUCUAAGCUAUGCUUGAAUUUACACCUCACCGGUGCAGCAGCCUGCUGGAGCCUCGGUUCAUCUCGCUGUCGGGCGCUUCCACAGUGAUCUUGUUUUGUCGGGGCGUGUAGUUAGAUUUUACAUCGCCUUCAGUAACUUUGCAUGCAGCUAUGAUGACAUCUACAAACUACAGUUGGUACUCCUCAACUAGACUGACAUCGUAUUUACUGUGAAUGCUUCAGUUUUCUGUAGACUCCUGGCAUGUUGUCGUGGUACCUUUUUAUAAAGAAAAACCAACUCCCGUUUGAUUUUCACCUCAGUGGAACGCCAUCUUUAAACUUUCUUUACUCUGAAUUGCCAUUUUCAUUUUAAAAAAGAAGUGCAUAAACACAAAAAGAGCAAUGCAGCCUCUGUGCAUCUUUCUGUUCUGCAAAGUGCAAGACGUUAACCUGCCUGUUUGUGAGGUGUAAAAAUAAAACACACAUCCUGCUUGUGGGUACUACCCGGGCAGUUGUUUAAGUUUUGAGUUCUUCUGAAAUAUGCAUGAGCAAACAAAAUGUGCAACUGAGGUGAAAUCAUCUACGAAAACUGGGAGCUGACAUUUGUUGUUGGAUGGAACAAAUGCUAAAUACACUGUUUGCAUGGAAUUUACUAACAUAACAAUCAUUAUUACAAACAUAUCCAUCCUUUCUUCCAUCUAUGUAUCAUGUAAAACUCUUUUUUUUUUUUCUUAAACUAAUGGGCCAAAUAUAUUUGAGUUCUUUUCAGAAGCUUUAAAAUGCAUUCCAAAUCCGUCAUUUCUGUUGUCUCCAAGCAUUUAAAAGUCAAAUGUAUGUUACGGUUCUGUUUGUCGAUGGCUCGCUAACCUAUGAGAAUGAUGUCUGUGUUGAAAAAAAAAUGUCUUAAAAAAAGUUCAGCUUCAGCCCGUGAUUCACAAUGCAGUAAAUCUCCACGUUGACCAGUAUUUGUAUAUAUUUCCUGCUCGUGUAAGAUAUAGUGCUGUUUACUGUAACUCAUUCCAGUGUGGUGCGGAUGUGGUUGUCUUUCCCCAGAAGGAGAGAAGUUUGCUGUAGAGGUCUAGAGAGAGAGAGUUGGUGUUUUUUCUUUAUGUUUUUCUCUUUUUUCAGUCUGAAUUCUUUCUCGCGUCACGCUUAAGCGUACAGUGUGCAGCGCCUGCAGGUGGUGUUGAGCCGGUCCUCUCAGAUGGCUUGAAUUCAACUUUGUUUUGGUUAAUUAUGUACGCAAAAUCAAAUUUAUUCUGAAGAUUCAUUACUUAAGUGGCUACAGCUACCAUGACCAUGAUGUGAAACUUGCAUAAAUAAUUUAUUUAUCCACUUGGGGGGCAGCAGACCAGAAUCAGCUUCGUUGGCCAUUUAUUCUCAAAUACACAAAAUAAAUUUGACUACGGUGACCAAGCUGUGUACAUGACUUUGACAUUUUAAGUUUAAAUGGUGAAUAAGAGAUAAUCAAAUCUUUAAAUGUGUUUGGAAUCAUGCUUAUAUUUACCUGAUACAUUUUAGUUCACUCCCCAGUCCAACAAGUGCAAUCGCACUGCAGGAGAUGGGUAAGAGAGCGGCUGCAAAGUCUGACGACGAUGCAAAUAAAAAAACAAAUGUAAACAAAACAUGAAGCGAUGCAAAGUCAAACACAUGCAGAGAAAAUGCUGCACAUUCAGACAUCUUAAAGGUCGUGAUCCUGGCCUGUCCUCAAAGUUGUGUUUGGCCAUUUAUCUGCUAAAUGCUCCACAAUGUUCCCGAGCUCGUCUAGGUUAAAAAAACAAUGUUCUCUUUAUGCUGAAAAAAACAUUUUCAAAGAGGCGAGAGUUAACCAUCUGUUUUCACUGUCAUUUGUUUUCAAAACAAAUAGCCAAGACAGCCACUUUAAACACUCCCAAGGUGAAGGAUAUUACGUUAUGUUCCAAGUUAUUUUUUGUUUAAACUUCUGCUAGAGGGAACUAGUACCAGCUGUGUCACUUUAAACUUUGUAACAUUUGUACAACACAUCCAUUAGGAUCAUUAAAGUCUGAAUUUAGAAUAAGACUUGACAGCCCAAGUAGACCAUCUGAAGUAGUUUGCAGUCUGAUCCAGCAGAGGGCGAAUAUGUUUGAACAUUACUGUGUCAUAUACUUAAAAUCGUUCAAAGUGGUUUUAUUUUGAAAAGUACGGCCCUAGUCUGUCCCCACAAAGGCUCUGAAGCUUGUUACACACCAGAAAACACAACGAGUGGUUAAAACAAAACAGACAUUUAAACAAUAUCGUCUUACACUACACCUCGUUUGAAAAUAUAUCGACAUUAAAAACUGAAUAUUACGCCCAGCCCUCCUCCAAUCAUUCCUCAUGUGUCUAUAAACUCCUCGUAUGUGAUAUUCAGGCCAUCAUCAGAGACCUCUGGCUGUGACAACACAACGCAGGCGCUGUACUCGACAUAUUUCAUCUUUUCUCUUCUCCUCUGUUGUUUGUUCUCUUAGUUUGCAUGUACCUCCACAUAGUCACCAAAUCAAACCUGUAUGAUACUGCCAAAACCUUACUGCUGGUCGCUUUGCUCUGAUCGUGACUUGUCGCAGUGUUUAGUGCUGUUGUAGAAAUUGUGAUGUAAACUAUAAAUUAUGAAAGAUUUACAGUUUGAGCGAGCUCACACGCAGCGUUCGAUGUCUUAAAAGUGUCGAGUGAACGUUCACUCGGCUCACGGCGAGUCUUAAAGUGCGUGCUUAGUGUUUUUCGAUGGUAAAUAGUCGUGUGUUUAUGAGAAUUGUUUGGUAUGUUAUGUUGUAAAAUCUGCACUAUGUCUUGCAUAUCAAAGACAACAAAUUCCCUGUGAUUUUUUGUUUUUAUUUGGGUUCAUCUCAGAAUGACCUUGGCCUCUGUUUCAUGUCUCUAAAACUGGAAUGUUGUACAUUUAGUGCCUUUUACAUUUCAUCAGCUAACUUGAACAUCUGCUCCAAAUAGAAAAGAUAAGAUUCAUUUAUUUUCCUUUUAUUGUAUGUAUUUUUUUAUACACAUAAUAUCGCCUCUGUAUCCACGGUUCAAAUUUUAUAUAAAACUUAUUCCUGGCCAACUA